CCUUCUAUGAACGAUGGUUGGCAUGAACAUGUGGAACCUAAGGUUGAGCAGCUAACAAAUAAACUAAGAAGGCUGCAACAAGGUAAGCAAGCUCUGGGUGAAGAGGUAAAAGAGGUGCAGUCACUCAGAGACUCUCUUCAGGAAGAACUUGAUGCCUUACAAACAGAAGCCUACCAACUAGAGGCAUUUCACAAAGAGAAAGAAGAGUUGUGCAGGAUCCUGCAGUUUCAAUGUGAGGAGAUAGAGCAGGACUCUACCAGGCAAAAGCAGCUAAACAGGAGAAGUAAGGACCUGAUAGAACUGUACAGAUGUCAGAUACAAGAGACCAAACUCAGACACAGGAAACAAAGGAUGAAGUUUGAAAACCAGCUCCAACAGCUGAUCGAGCAGCAUAAGAACCUGCACUCUCUAUUUAGCCCAGACAGACUGCCGUCUGAAAUAGAGAAUGUUACAAACAGCAAGUUUCAGCUGCUGAAGGCUGAGCAGCAGAAGUUGUCUCAGCUCUGCCAUCUAGAAGAGAAGCUGGAUGAGGCCAGGAGUCGGACUGAGACGACUGACACACACACAGGUUGAACCCUGGGCCACUGUGUACAUCAUAGCUAAAGAUACUUUAAUGGCUUAUAGUUACAGAUAGUUCCAUAGUUUGUAGGUGUGUAGCAAAGUUAUGAUUGUUCUUAACUUUGCGCAUAUAUAAUGAUUGUUCUUCUACUUUAUGAUAUUUUGUGUUGUAUUCCCCUUUAUUAUCACUUAUUUAUUUUCUGCUGCUCAGAUUGCUUUUAAAUAGAGGCCGUUGGUGAUGUGUUUGAGGUUUCAGAGUCUCACACUGAGUGACAGACAAUAACACAAAUGAUCGACAGACUGUUCUGGUAACAGUAACCUACUGUAGUUAUGAAGGCCUUAUUGGAAACACUUGGAUAUUUUUAACCAACAGAAGAACAAUUUAAGAUAGGGAUUCAAAUGUAUCAAGUUUGGGUGUAGUUUCAGUCACCUUAAGGUUAGGGAAAUGCGUAACGAUAACAAUUAGAAUACUGAUCAUUUCCCGUUGGUCCAACUGGCUGGGAAACGUUUAAAAACCACUGUAUGCCCUUUUGUUUACUGUAAA